AUGAAGUGCCCGAACAACCGGGCCGACAGCCACCUGACCGGGCAGGUGGAGUUGGACAGCAUGGCCAACGGAGCCUGGGUCAACCAGGGCUACUGUGGCUCCCCUCCACCACCGCCCCGAGCUGUCAGCACCAUUUACAACUCUCAGCCCCUCUUCCAGGGCUCCAUGGACGGCAUGUACAGACUGGACAGCCCCGGUCCAUUCCCAGAGGAAGCACCAUCCACUGACCGAAGCCUGGGGAAGGAACAACGAGGCUGCUGCUCCUUCAUCAAAGGCUUCUGGGGCACAACGCUGACUGAAAACACCUCAAACAACAGAGAAUUGUUUGUCCGAACAACUCUACGUGAGUUACUGGUCUAUCUGGUGUUCCUGGUGGAUAUAUGCCUCUUGACAUACGGUAUGACCAGCUCGAGCACCUAUUACUACACUAAAGCCAUGACGGACCUGUUUGUGAACACAGGCGGUGAAAGUGGGGUUAGGUUUCAGUCCAUUGGCACCAUGGCCGACUUCUGGAUUUAUGCUCAGGGCCCAUUGCUGGACGGCCUCUACUGGACUAAAUGGUACAAUAACCAGUCCCUGGGCAGAGGAGACCAGUCCUUCAUCUACUAUGAGAACAUGCUGCUGGGAGUGCCCAGAAUGAGGCAGAUCAAGAUCAUGAACAACUCCUGCAAGGUCCACAAGGACUUCGAAGAUGAGAUCACGGGAUGCUUCGAUGUGUACAACGACAAGAAGGAGGACGACCUGAGCUUCGGCCUCGUCAAUGGCACCGCCUGGACAUACCACACAGAGAAAGAAGUCAAAGGUUCCUCUCACUGGGGCUUGCUGACCACAUACAGUGGAGCGGGAUACUACCAAGACCUGAGUCGAACCAAAGAGGAGAGCGCCAUCACACUGGAGGAACUGGUGGACAACCUGUGGCUCGACCGAGGAACCCGAGCAGCCUUCGUCGACUUUUCCACUUACAACGCAAACAUCAACAUGUUCUGUGUCAUCAGGUUGGUGGUUGAAUUCCCAGCGACUGGUGGAGCGAUCCCUUCCUACCAGAUCAGAACCGUCAAACUGAUUCGCUACAUCACCAACUGGGAUUACUUCAUCCUCGCCUGCGAGAUGGUCUUCUGUUUAUUCAUCCUCUACUAUGUUGUGGAGGAGAUUCUCGAGCUGCGAAUACACAAGUGCUCCUACUUCCAAAGCAUCUGGAACAUACUGGAUAUUGUUGUCAUAAUGCUUGCCAUCGUUGCCGUUGUCUUCAAUGUUUUCCGAACUGUCAAAGUGGACACCUUGCUUGGCAAACUGCUGGAACAACCUGGUAUCUACGCCGAUUUUGAAUUCCUGGCCUUCUGGCAAACACAGUACAACAACUUGAAUGCAGUGAACUUGUUCUUUGCGUGGAUCAAGGUUUUCAAGUACAUCAGUUUUAACAAGACCAUGACUCAGCUGUCCUCCACACUGGGUCGAUGUGCUAAAGAUAUCCUGGGCUUCGCCAUCAUGUUCUUCAUAGUGUUCUUCGCCUACGCUCAGCUUGGAUAUUUGCUCUUCGGGACAGAGGUUGAAUCUUUCAGCACCUUCGUCAAGUGCAUCUUCACUCAGUUCAGGAUUAUUCUGGGAGACUUCGAUUACGACGCCAUUGACCGCGCCAACAGAGUUCUUGGGCCGAUCUACUUCGUUACCUAUGUGUUCUUUGUUUUCUUUGUUUUACUGAACAUGUUUCUGGCCAUCAUAAAUGACACAUACUCUGUAGUUAAGGAGGAGCUGUCAUGCCAAAAAGACGAGCUACAGAUUACUGACAUCAUCAAACAGAGCUAUAUGAAGACAUUUAUAAAGUUGAAACUUAAAAAGGAGAACAUAUCAGAUGUUCAGAAGGCGCUACAAUCUGGAUCUGGAGAAAUUGAAUUCAAGGACUUCAGAGAAACCCUGAAAGGGAUGGGACACGCUGAACAUGAAAUUACUGCAGCCUUUUCCCGGUUUGACCAUGAUGGGAACCAAAUUCUAGACGAAGACGAACAAAAGAGGAUGAAAGUCGAGCUGGAGGAAAAGCGGGACGCUCUUUGCGCCGAACUCAACAAUCUCGGAAUGCAUUAUGGGAAAGAUUUACGGGAGAAUCUUCCUGCAACGUCUAACGAGGAGAACCACUCCGGUCAUACGGUCGUGGAUCAGGAACAGUUUCUAAGACUGGCCAGACAGGUUCUCCAGCUUGAAAGCUCUGUGGCAGGCAUCGCAUCCAGGCUCGAGUCGAUUGUGGAGAAACUGGGAUUACAAGAGGAAGCGAAAGGGAACGAAACGAGCGAUGAUGCGGCCCCCGAUGGGAGCGUCCUGGUGUGUGUGGACCGAGUGGCGAGACCAGCAGUUUGCACCAGCGCCGCAUACGAUUGCCGCAUGUGA